AUGAGGAAACUACCAUUGUUCAUGGCUUGGAAAUUUUGGCUAAUUUGCCUUUAUAUUAUAAAAGUUGCUUCUACACAAAUUGUUAUUAAAAGUAAUACAAUUGUUGGUGGUAAUAACCCUUCAGGUUUUCAAAAUGGCUACAUUGUUUCUGGAGAUGCCUUUUUGGCUUUCCAGGACAUGAACACAGUUCCUAUGUACCAAACAGUUAGAAUCGAUAAGGGUGGGGCUUUGUACUACAUCAACAAUGACAAGCAAGGAUUCUCUAUUUUGUCUGAUCACAAUUACAAUCAUCCUUUUGUAUUUCUAAAUGAAGGGACUGUUGUCGUUGAUGACCGGAGAAGCAUCAGUCCUGGUUCUUGGACCAUAAAAGAUGGCUCUUUUACUAAUAAUGGUAAUAUCAUGUUUACGUCAAGUCAAGGUGAUAUAUUUAGUAUUGGCUCGAACUAUAUCACCAACACAGGUUUUAUCUUUUCUAAAGGUACUAGUUUUGAGAAACCUCAGCGGUUGCAGAUUGGUAAUGGUAAUAUAUGGAUUAACACUGGUACUGUCUGUAUGGCCAAUACUACUUAUAUCUUAGAAAAUGCUAUUCAAGGUGGAGGUUGUAUUUCUGUGGGCGAAAAUUCAGUUUUCAACAUCUAUAGUUUUGAUAUGCAACAACAAACAGUAUAUUUAUCUCACCCGUCGUCUGUUCUUAUCCUAAAUGGAGGGCAUGAAGUACCAGUAUAUGGACUCGGUAAUGGAAAUGGAAUUUUAUACCCUGAUGCUCCUAUUAGGGAUAUCUAUUAUGAUUCCUCUACAGGCAUAAUGGAUGUCACAGCAGGAACAAAUGGAAUUUAUAAGUUUACUGUCUAUAUUGGUGCUGGGUAUAAUGAAUCGAAUUUUGAAAUUGUGAGCUCCAUAAAAAUUCAUGGAAUAAGCUAUGAUAAUUAUAAUUUUGUGAGAUACCGAGGACCGCCACCAAAUCUAGCUCCAUCUGUUUGUCAACCAUGUGUCGAGAUACCAUUGUAUUCAUUUCAGGUUCCCGAUCCAUAUACAACAACCAAUGAACUGGGAUUUUCGGAGACCGUAUCAUUUUAUUCUACAUAUAAUGAAAAUGAUAUACCAGUUAUUGGUAAUACUACAAUAUAUGUACCUCCAGCUAUCUAUACAUUAACCAAGGUCAAUGAAAAUACAACUGAGACAGAUAUUAUUAGUAGAGUAACAGGUAUGGGCUAUAAUGGGCUACCAUUCACUUAUUAUACCACAAUUACAGUUGGUGAAAUGGAAACCGGGGUGGUUACAAAAACGAUUACUAUUACAGAAAAUAAAAGUAGGAGCACCAAAACAACGCUAAUGUCGAGAAACUACACUUUUAGUUUUUCUAAUUACUCUCCUAUAUCAAGUAGUGGUACCUAUAGUGUGUCUACGGUCGAUAAUAUAACCACUCUCACAGAUACUGUUGCGAAUGUCUCUUCAAGUGGACCAAAUAGCAUAGUAACUGCUACAAUGACAACAUAUCAAAAUAAUCAUGAAUUUAAUAAUGCCUCGGUCAUAAACGUAACAAACUCAAGUAAUAUAAUGGUCCCCAUCACCUCAACGUUUUAUUCUUCUGUUGACUCCAAUCUUACAACUCCUAUAACGAGCCUUACCAGAACAUCACAGAGCCAAAUUGUCUCCCACAUCACCAAGCUUGCAUCCAGCAUCAAUGAAACCACAAUCGCCAAUACUUUCCCAUCCCCUGCUGCCAGCGGUACUAACUACACCACUGUCGUGACCAACGCGGAGGGCUCUGUCCAGACCGACAUUGUCUCCCACAUCACCACCACCGACUCCGACGGCAAGCCUACCACCAUCGUCUCCCACAUCACCACCACCGACUCCGACGGCAAGCCUACCACCAUCGUCACCACCUUCCCAGCCCCAGCUGCCAGCGGUGCUGACUACACCACUGUCGUGACCAACGCGGACGGCUCUGUCGAGACCGACAUUGUCUCCCACAUCACCACCAAAGAUUCCAUAGGUAAGCCUACAACUGUUGUCACCACUGUUCCAUACACUCUAUGCGCAAGCAACGCAGACUACACCACUGUAGUUACCAAGUCCAACGUCAGUGUUGAGACCGAAGUUGUGUCCCACAUUACCACCACUGCUCCAUGCUCUGAUUUGGAAUCCCACGUUGAGAACCAAACAACUUCACCAAGCAUGCAUACCACCUCACUUGUUGGUUCUGAAAACGGUGUUAGUGCUAAGACUGUCAAUGACAAGCCUAACCCAACUAUUUUUACAGAAGUUGCUGUAAGUGAAGGUACUACAUCUAAUGCCGGUUAUGUGACAGACCAAGGUAGCUCUUUGGAGAUGUUUGCUCCUACAGGAGCUUCUGCUGUUGAAAGUGGCAAUAAGGUGUCCCAGACCCAAACUGCCUCCAUCUUCCAUGGUGCAGGUUCUACAUUCAAGAUCAAAUUUAAUACCAUUCUACUAUCCACAUCAUUGACUAUCUUGAUUCUGUUAGGCAUGGCUUAA